UACAUAGGCGUGGCUUAAACAAUUUCCUUCUAAAAUGGCGUCUAGCAGGAGACUUAGGCGCAUGGCGGCCUCCCAGCCCGGAUUUUUAACUUUAAAACCCUCUUCAGACCCCACAGACCUGGUCGGUGGUCGGAGGAAACGUGUGAACAAGAAUAAGAAAAAGAACUGGAACAAAUUUAGUGACAUUACAGACGUAGAGGAGUUUCUAGAGGACGUUCGGCACCAGGAGAGAACUACGGGAGGGUUGCUUUCUGAGAAGUCAGAUGACGGCUUGUUCUUUGUGGAUCUUGGACAGGCAGAUAAAGCUGAACAGAAAGCAGCAGAACCUGAUGAGGGGAAGAAGAGAAAAGGAAAAUCGACUCGUCCUCUGAGGAUAGACCUGAUCCUUCAGGGUGAUUCUUGCAUCCCACCUCCUAAAGAUGUGCUGGCCUACCAGAAACCAAAUGCCAAGAAACUUCGGCGCAUCGCCCAGAAAGCUGAGCAGUUGGCAGCCAAAGGCGUUGUGCCCCGGGCACAGAAGAAGCUGCUGAACAGACGACUCGCUGACAGGACGGUGAAGAAGGCAGUGACUGAGGCCAACAACAACCCAAACAGAGAUUAUUACGACAUGUGGGCACAAGAAUCCAAAAGUCCAGCUGAUCCCUGGUAUGUUCUGCAAACCGGCAAGGAGCAGGUUAAGAGACCAGAGAAGCUGAACCAGAAGCCGUCUGCGCUCCCGGCUGUGGAGGUGAUUGCUCCAGGAGGAUCCUACAACCCAGACUUCCUCUCCCACCAGGCGUUGCUGCAGGAAGCUCAUGAGGUGGAGGUCAAGAAGAAGAAGCAGGAAGACAAACUGGAGAAACAGCUGGCUGUCAACAGAGAAGACAAGGCUACAGCUGAAACAGCCCUGCGGGAGGAGGUGGAGGGGUUAAUUGAGGAUGAGGAAGAUGAAGAGACGAGUCCAAACAAGGAAGACGAGGAAGCAUCAGGAGCUGCCAUCACAGUGACUGAGAAGAAGACUGAGAGGCAGAGAAAGAAGGAGAAAGCUGAGAAGAGAAAAGAGCAGCAGCAGCUCAGCGUCAAACGACAGACCGUUCAGCAGCAGCAGCUCUUCCAGUUGCGCUCCAUCAAGGCCGCCAUCAAGCAGCAGGAGCAACAAACCAAGAAGAGGUGGAGCAAACGCAAAGAGAAGCAGGAGGCUCAGAAAGCUCAGCCCAGACGCCUCGGGAAGCUGAAGUUCCAGGCUCCAGACCUGGAGGUGCAGCUAAGGGACGAGCUGGCCGGCUCUCUGAGACAACUUAAGCCAGAGGGCAGCAUCCUCAAGGACCGCUUCAAGAGUCUGCAGAAGAGGAACCUGAUUGAACCCAGAGAAAGAGCCAAGUUCAGGAGGAAACUCAAAGUCAAGUACGUGGAGAAGAGAGCCUUUAAGGAGAUCACAUAGCUCAGCUGCUGCAGUGUGCAAUAAAACGUACCAAAUGUCA